CUUCCCCUCAGCAAGAGCUGGGGCAGGUUCGGUGGGAUGGAUGCGGACUGAAGACUAGUCUGUAGGAGCUGGAAGAACUCUCUGAUUUGAAAUUUUGCCUUGUCUUAGGCCAGUGGUUCACAAACUUAACAUGUAUCAGAAUCACUUGGAGGACUCGUUAGAUCACAUUGCUGGGUCUUGCCUCAGAGUUUCUGGUUCAGUAGGUCUCGGGGGAGACCAAGAAAUAACAUUUCUAACAAGUUUCCAGGUGAUGCUGAUGCUCCUGGGGUGGGGCCGCACUUUGAGAACCACUCUCCUGGAGCAUGUUUUUCAGAGUGGUCUAAGGCUAUCCUGCUGCCACCUGCACCACAACACUUGGGAAGCUUGUUAAAAAUGCAGAUUCCUGGGCUCCAGACCUAUUGAUUCCAUUUGGUGAGAUGGGAGAGAUGCAGAAAUGGUCAGGAGUCUGCAUUUUCACACUGAAGUUUGUGAACCACUGUUGCUAGUGGGAUACAGGAAAUUUUAUUAUUUUACCUGUCCAAAACCUUAAUUAGCACUAAUUUACUUCCAAUCCAGGUCUCUGCAUAGCCUGUCUGAACUUGAACAGCACUUCCAGCCUUUGUGCCACCAGGCACACCAGUGGCCAUCCUUACCGAUGUGGAUUCAUCACUCCACUUCUGAAACCUCAGCAGCCAUCCCUGUGGGAAAACAUACACAGCCAUGAUUUUUCAGUGUUCAUUAUGGUACAUCUAAGACUACGUAAAACAAAAAUGUCCCGGAUGGUGUCUAAACCCCCAAGGAGCUCACGAUCUAACAGAAAAGCUGACAAGACUAGAGAACAAGACAGAAGGGGCAUAUAGAUCAGAUGCUAAAUUGUGACUUAGGUAGCAGGAUACACAGCACGAUUCAAAGGGGAAGGAAGUCUCUAGUGGGUAGCUGCCCAGAAAGGUGGGGUUGGUGCUCUAACUUGAAAGAUGACUAGGAUCUUCUCGGAUGGCUGUAAAGUCCAAGAGCUUCCCUGGGCAGAGGGAACAGUAAGAGCAUAAGGUGAGAAGCUACAGCUGAGCCUGAGCUGCCGAGGCUGGAUGAGGGGCUGCGGCUCCUCUGCGCGCCAGCCACAUGGGGCCUGGCUUUGCUGCUUUGUGCCUUAAGUGGGUCCUGGAGCAAAAUGGCCUGUCAGUCCUGAGUAUCCAGAGACUUGGUUGUGGGGAGAAUGGGAACAGAGGAGAGCUCCUGCUACUUCAGCCAAGGGAGGGCCUGGGGAUAUUGUUAAGAACUCCCAUUCAAGUCGGUUGGGGUCUGCAGCGUAGUGUGCCUGAGGUGCUAAGGGAUGGGAGAGCUUCAGAACCUGGGGAAUGGAAGUAAGCUAGUCAGCCUGUCCAAAAAAAAAAGCCAAUCAGACAUUUUAGGAAUGCUUAAAAAGCCCACAAAAUAUGUAUUGCUACAAAUGCCUAAAAUUAGCAGUGCCUUAUUUUGGGUUAAGAACUUCCCUCCAGGUUCUGUUAAACCCAGCACGUAAGAUGUGGCCAAUGUUGAGAACUGGGUGGAGAGGUGAGUUGAGUGAGGUGGUUGCUCAGGCUCGCUUUCCCCCAAUGACAGGUGGUGCUUGUCUUCAGUCCUCUUCCCCAGCUCUUCCUGACUGGGAAAACGCACUUUCUGCCAGCCUGUACUUUCCAUGUUGCUCCAGGUUUCUUUAAUCAUAGCAUUCAAGAACCUGAAGUACUUGCUGACACAUAGGUGCAAAGGGAGACAACUAACUUUCUCCAUUUAACAGCUGCCUUUUUCUUCCCUUUGCUGCUGACUUCCACAGGACCCCGCGUCAUCUGCUUUUAUGGAGGGCAUGUGUUUCUCUCCUCUGGCUUCCUCUGGUCUGCCCAAACCCCUUCCCUAUUAGACCCUCCCCCUGUGGUUUCCUGCCACCGACACUCGUCUAGGCUCAGCCUUCUGCUCCAUCUUCUGCCUUCAGUCCAAGCCUCACUACUCUGCACCUGUUGAUUCCGCUCUGCUUUUCACACCGUUUAUCUUUCUCCCAUUCUUCCCAAUUAAAUUUUCCUCCCUUCUCCCCACUUAAAUUGUACCCAUCCUACAAGACCACCUUCAAAUCCCCAUCUGUCCCAUGAAGCCUCCUCUGGCUACUGCAGCCCUCAGUGAUUUUUCUUUUGUGAACUCUGUCCCUACCACAUGCUUUAGCCCUUUUACUCUGCCUUAAUUGUUUGAUGUGAACCAGUCUUGUCUCUUCAGCUGUAUUGUAGGGCUCUGUGGGGGAAGCGUGCCUUGUGUUCCUCCUGACGCUCCCCAGCACUUCGAGCCAUGCCUUGUCGAGCUGAGCCAUGCUGACUGAUUGCAUGGCAUGAUUUGGUGGUGUGUGAACUCUAACAAGUGUGUAAUACAUUGGGAGAUGAUCCGGUGAAGCACGGGGCUGCUGUAGGGUUUCUUAUUCCGAGACAGGAAAUCACGAGGGGGAGAGGAGGGAGCAAUUAGUCUCUCAAGCUUAACCCAGAGCAUGUUCUGGAUAGGGUUGGGCCAAGCCCCACCCCUCCUACCCCUCCAUCCCAGGUGCUGGCUCCCAGCCCCACCUGGUGGGCAGCUGACUUCAUAAAAGCAGCCCCAAGGAGGAGAAGGAGGCUGUUAGGAGGAGCAGGAGGAUGAGCACUGAGCAUGGACAGCAGCAUCACCCUGGGGGCCGAAGGGGCUGUAGUCCUGGAGACAAGAAGUUCAAAAAGCGUAGCCGGCGCAAAGAAACCUACUCAAUGUAUAUCUACAAGGUGCUGAAGCAGGUGCACCCAGACAUCGGCAUCUCUUCCAAGGCCAUGAGUAUCAUGAACUCAUUUGUGAAUGAUGUGUUUGAGCGGCUGGCCGGUGAGGCUGCCCGGCUGGCCCAAUACUCGGGCCGAACCACACUGACAUCCCGGGAAGUCCAGACGGCUGUGCGUCUGCUGCUGCCUGGGGAGCUGGCCAAGCACGCCGUGUCUGAGGGCACCAAGGCUGUCACCAAGUACACCAGCUCCAAGUGACCCAGGGCCUAACAUUAAUAAAGGGUGAACUGCUCCCGUGCACUGUGGUGAUUUGCAAAAGGAAUAUGUGAAGGCCAGGUGUGAUGUGGGGCAAGGAUAUCGUCACCUUUUAUGGCUACCAAGGUGGAAUAA